CGCACAUCCGUUGGUCACACUGUGUGACAUUGAGUUGACUUUUGCAUUAGUUUUAAUUACAAUAUAAUUCGAUUUAUUCGCAAAUAAGUGACGAGCCAAGCUCCGAAACUUGCACGGGAGUCGUGCACCAUCCCAACCGCCAAAUCCCGGAGAGAAUGCGCUGUCCUCGCGGCGAAUUUCACGGAUUCCACGGGUUCUAGCGGUCGAGGUGUUCUGAGGAGCUCCGGAAUUCCGCCUCCUCCACUCCACCGAACCACAACAAACGAUCCGAUCCGAUCUGAUCCGAAGUGAUACCAUACGGUCCGAUCCGAUCCCACAUUAUAUAACUGACUGGGAACCUUAUUCAAAUCCACAUCGACGAUGCGUUCUCGCAGCAACUCGGGCGUCCGUUUGGACUACUACCAGCGCAUCGUGCACCGACUGAUCCUGGCGCACCAGGAGCCGGUCACCGGACUCUUUCCCGCCUCCAAUGUGAACUCGCACGCCUGGAUCCGCGACAAUGUCUACUGCAUCCUGGCCGUUUGGGGCCUGUCCAUGGCGUACAAGAAGAUCGCCGAUCAGGACGAGGAUCGCGCCAAGUGCUACGAGCUGGAGCAAAGCUGUGUGAAGCUGAUGCGCGGCCUGCUCAUGGCCAUGAUGAACCAGAAGGACAAGGUGGAGAAGUUCAAGAUGACCCAGAGUCCCUACGACUCCCUGCACGCCAAGUACUCGAGCAAGAACGGCUUGCCCGUCGUCGGGGACAACGAGUGGGGUCAUCUGCAGAUCGAUGCCGUAUCGCUGUACCUCUUGAUCUUGGCCCAGAUGACCGCCUCUGGCCUGCAGAUUGUUUUCUCCCUAGACGAGGUCUCCUUCAUCCAGAAUCUGGUCUUCUACAUCGAGUCAGCCUACUCGAUUCCGGAUUAUGGCAUUUGGGAGCGAGGCGACAAGACCAACCAUGGUGAACCGGAGCUGAACGCCAGCUCCAUUGGCAUGGCGAAGGCGGCGCUGGAGGCCAUGAACGAGCUGGAUUUGUUCGGAGCCCGCGGCGGACCGGCAAGUGUGAUUCAUGUGCUGGCCGACGAGGCCCACAAAUGCCAGGCGGUGCUGCAGUCCAUGCUGCCGCGCGAAUCCAACAGCAAGGAAUUGGAUUCCGGCCUGCUGUGCGUCAUUGGAUUUCCGGCCUUCGCCGUCGACGAUGCCCAAUUGAUUCACAACACCAAGGACGCGAUUCUGUCGCGACUGCAGGGCAAGUACGGCUGCAAGCGGUUCCUGCGCGAUGGCUAUCGCACCCCGAAGGAGGAUCCCUCCAGGCUCUACUACGAACGCUGGGAGCUGCGCAUGUUCGAGAACAUUGAGUGCGAAUGGCCGCUCUUCUACUGCUACCUUAUCCUGUUCCACGCCUUCCAGAGCGACAAGCGCUCGGUGGAGGAGUACGCCAGUCGGCUGGAGAAGAUUAUGGUGCGCUCGGAGGAUGGCAUCCUGCUCGUUCCCGAAAGUUAUGCGGUGCCGCAGGAUCUGGUGGGCUUCGAGUACCAAAAGCCGGGAUCACAGGCGCGCGAAGUCGUCGGUCGGUGUCCCUUCUUGUGGGGCCAGUCCCUCUUCAUCCUCGGAAGGCUGCUGCAGGAGGGUUUCCUGGCCGUGGGCGAGUUGGAUCCUCUGAAUCGUCGCCUGGGCGCCCAGAAAAAACCAGACGUAGUGGUCCAGGUGGUCAUCAUCGCCGAGGACAACGAGAUCCGCGACAAGUUGGCUGAGCACGAUCUGCAUGUGCAGACCAUCGCGGAAGUUGCUCCGAUUGAAGUCCAACCAGCCAGAGUUCUCAGCCACCUUUACACGUACCUGGGACGCAACAGGAAGUUGGGAUUGAGCGGCAGGAAGUCCCGCGACGUGGGCAUCCUUAGCACCAGUAAGCUGUACUCGCUGAAGGACCGCAUAUUCGCCUUCACCCCGCAGCAUAUCGACUAUGAAGAAUAUUAUACAACACGCGAUCCCGAUUUGCUUGCCAGCAAUUUUACAACAAAUUUAGCAUUCUUGACCAACAAUUGGCGUCACAUGUUGGGCAGGCCGACAAUCACACUAAUGGCAACCCACUAUAUGCUAGAUCAGGACAAGAUACCCCUGGCGAUGAUCCAGACGAUGAGGAAACUCAAGUCGGGCUACAUCAACGGAACGCGCGUGAUGCUGGGCAGCCUGAAGGACUUCCUCAACACGUCGGCCAUCACGGAUCUGAGUUUUCUGGGCAGCACGGAGGACGGCUAUCCGGAUCGCCUGCAUCCGGACGUGCAGACCUACCUGGAUGAGCACCUGCUCCGCUCGUUCAGCAAUCGCAGCACAAUGAAUCUGCGCGGCGGACAGCUGCGUCCGCGGACCUUGAGGCGUCGCAUGUCCUGCAAGGGAGCGAUCAAGAAGACGCGCUCCAUCAAUGUGGAUUCUGACAAUCUCGGCAUGGAGGGACCCUCGCCGCUCACCGAACGCCGCCUCUCCUCGAUUGUGCCACCGCCUUGGCUGCAGGCCAACAAGCAGAGCCACGUCAGUGUGUUCGCCACGACGCCGGAGGAGGGACCCGCCAGCUCGCCACUGCAUCUGGGCAACGAGCUGUCCGUCCGGGAGAACAUCUAUCCGGUGGACCCGCACCACAGCCGCUCGGCGAUCGACAGACGCAGCGAGUUUGUCCGCCAGCAAGAGAUAACAGUGCCAAAAAUUCUCAUACAACGCCAUCGUGCCGAAACCAACUUCGCGGACACAGAGGUGGAGGAGCUGAUUGCGAUGCUGCGCGAAACGGAAAAUCUCGAGGAGCAGGGCGACAUCCUGCAGUACCUGGUGGAUACUCAGGGGCUGGACUUCAACACCGCUGGCCUGGGAUUCAAGAAUAAAUCGGAUGACAAUGCCAAUAAUGGAGGUACCGAGCUCGAGCAAGCGUUCGUGGAUGAGGUGGUGCUGGAACUGGCUGGUGGUGGUGCAGGUGGUGCAGGAGGUGCAGGAGGAGGGGCAGCUGGAGCAGGUGGAUCUGGUGGAUCUGGUGACGGGGUUAAGAAGAGCCCAGCGAUUGUUUUGCCCACGGUGAUCAUCGAUGCCGCUACAAUUCCAGCCGGCGAUUUGGAUAAUGCCAAUCUGAGUUCCUCCACCGCCAUCGCCAUCGCCAACAGCAACGUGCCCUGCAUCGGCAACACGAAUGACACGAGCGCGAGCAACAUUAGCAGCGGCGGCAGCAGCAACAUCAGCAACCAGAACAACAUGAGCCCACAAGAGAAUAACCACGAUUCUUCCCAAUCCGAAGGCAUGCUCGAGGAGGGACGCGUGGUGACCGUUCGGGACCUGCUGAAGGGACUCUACGAGAAGGCCUGCCAGCAGAAGCUCUGGGGACUCGUCCGCCACACCGCCGGGAUGCUGGGUAAGCGGGUCGAGGACCUGGCCAAGGCGGUCACCGAUCUGCUCGUGCGCCAAAAGCAGGUCACCGUGGGAAUGCCGCCGAACAACGAGCACACGAUCACGGCACCGCUGCCGGAAGUCGAGCUGCGCCAGCUCAUCCACGAUGCCUACGGCGACGAUGAGAGCACGGCGAUGCUGACGCAGGAGCUGAUGGUCUACCUGGCCAUGUUCAUUCGCACCGAGCCGCAGCUGUUCCACGAGAUGCUGCGCCUGCGCGUGGGCCUGAUCAUCCAGGUGAUGGCCAAGGAGCUGUCGCGCACCCUCAACUGCGACGGCGAGGCGGCGUCGGAGCAUUUACUUAACCUCUCGCCCUUCGAGAUGAAGAAUCUCCUGUACCACAUCCUCAGCGGCAAGGAGUUUGCCGUCAGCAGCGUCGCUCGUGGCAAUCUGUCUAUUGUGAGCUGCAAGAGCAGUCGCGUCAGCAAGAAGAGCCAGAUUGGUCUGGGCGAUCCGGAGGGCGAGGACGCCCUGAUAGCCACCAUUGACGACCGGCAGGGUCAGUGGCUGCGUCGCCGGCGACUGGAUGGAGCCCUGAAUCGGGUGCCCCGCGACUUCUAUUCGCGUGUGUGGACCGUUUUGGAGAAGUGCCAGGGUCUGGCCAUCGAGGGACGUGUCCUGCAGCAGAGUCUCACGCAGGAGAUGACGCCGGGCGAACUGAAGUUCGCCCUUGAAGUGGAGACAGCCCUCAAUCAGAUACCACAACCGGAGUACAGGCAACUGGUGGUGGAGGCCCUCAUGGUGCUCACCCUCGUCACGGAGCACAAUAUGGUGCCCACUCUGGGUGGCAUUAUCUACGUCGAGCAUCUGGUGCACAAGGCCAACCAGCUCUUCCUCGAGGACCAGCGCAAGGUGCAGGGCGACGCCACGUUGUGCUGCGCCAAAAUCAAGGACGGCAAGGAGCAGCAGCAGGCCGCCUCGGGAAUGCUUCUCUGCGGCGGAGCCGCCUACAUCUGUCAGCACCUCUACGAUAGUGCUCCUAGCGGCAGUUACGGAACCAUGACCUACAUGUCCCGGGCGGUGGCCCUCGUCCUGGACUGUGUGCCCAAGCACGGCGAGAUGGAGUGCGCCAUCUCCUGAAGCGGCUGGAGUUCACUUAAUAAAUGCCAAUCUCUGCAACUCUGGAUACGUCCGUUAUCGUUCUCGCUCACUCGCACUUCAGCGCCCUCUCCCCGUCUCUCUCUCGAUCCUGCCGUUCUGUUUUUUUUUUCUCCCUCUGACCCAAGUCCAACGAAUAUUGAAGUCAGAGGGCACCUGUAUAUAUAUAUAUAUAUAUUCUUUUGACCGAACUCUCUCCAACAAAAGAAAAACCUUGUUAUCAUGUUUGUUUAGUUCUGACCACAAAAAAAGAUAAACCUUUCCAAAUCGGGCCAGUUCAGUAUGGUAUUAGCCCACUUAUGUGUGUAGACACCCUGGAACAAGAUACUCCAAAACGCCAAUCCCAACCCAAACCCAAACCCAUACACAUUUAGGAAUCCAAUUCGCGCUGCUCGCUACAGAUUUGUUUUCCGUACGUGCGGCUGCUUUAUAGCGACAACACUUUUGAUUGUUUUAACUUUUGUAUUUUUAAUGACCCUAUUUUAUAUUAUACGUUUGAAUUGUAAAGUUGAACGCGCAGCAAGAUUUACAAUAAAAAUGUGUUUGCAAUGUUUAA